AUGACCGAAGUUGGUUGGUGGAAGCUGACCUUCCUCCGGAAAAAGAAAUCCACUCCCAAGGUGCUGUAUGAGAUCCCUGACACCUACACCCAAACUGAGGGCGGCGCAGAGCCCCCAAGGCCUGACGGCGGGGGCCCCAACAGCAACUUUAACACCCGCCUGGAGAAGAUUGUGGACAAGAACACGAAGGGCAAGCACGUCAAAGUCUCCAAUUCGGGCCGCUUCAAGGAGAAGAAAAAAGUCCGAGCCACGCUGGCAGAGAACCCCAACCUCUUUGAUGACAGGGAGGGCAAAGGACAGUGAAGGGGGCCAAGGAGGAUGCUAGCACCUCCCCACUCCCUGCCAUCAGCCGGAUCUGAGACGGGAGCUCACCACGCUGGCCUCUUUGGCCACAGCUGAAGCCUCGGGGGCAGUUGAUGCCUGCUGGCAGGAAAUGUCUGUUUUUAGGUUUGUAUUUAUGUGCUCCAGCUUUCUGGAAGGCCUGAGAGAUCCCAGGUCCUCCCGCCCUCCCCCACCACACACAAAGGCACUCCAGUUCAAGGAUGAAAAGUCCCACUCAGGAAGGACAGCCCUCCUCGAAGAGGUGGAAGCACCAGCAGGGAGGUGGGCGUGGAAGGAAUGGAACAGGGGAGCUGGACAGACCUCACCCCCUCCUGGGGCACAGGGUCAAGGGUGAGUUUGAACUGCUGCUCCCUCUACUUUCUCUACCUGUGAUUAUUCUCUGGAUCGAUUCUGAGAGUGCAUUUUCCAGAAGCCACGUGAUGCGGGGUGGCUUCCUGGAGCUGAGGCGCAGAUGCUGAACUUGAGCUCACCUCCUAACUCAGGUGGGAAACUUCCUGGAACUUUGCCCCCAGGUGUGCAGGGGGAGGGCAACCCUAGCACUCCCUAGGGGGUGCUGCAGAAGGCCAGAUUAGGGACCCCAUGGGUUCCUGCACAUACCCUCAAAGGAAAGCUACACUGCCCCGCGGGUCCAAACUCAGAAAUGGGGUGGGAGGCUCUGACAGGAGCCCUCCUCCCCCUACUAGUAUUUAAGAUGGAUCAGCCUCAGAGAUGAGUCCUGCAGCCUUGAAUUUUGUUUAAAAAAAUCAUUGUAGGUUUCUCUUUUUGUA